UGGGUCAGCGGUGUUGGUUAGAUGAUUGAUUUCUUCUGAUCAGGUGUUUUGGAGGUUGUUGUCGUUUUACCUGCCAGCUGACUCUAACCUCAUCUGGCUGAUUCUUGCUGUGUGACCUCUGACCUCCAUAAAGUCAUACCUUUCUGGCAUGAAGCCGCCAUGCUCGAGUUCUUUUUCUGUAGGACCUCCUGAACUAUGUGAACUGAAAUAAAAGUGUUAUGUGACUGCUAGGGUCAAAGCUGAGCAGGGUGUGAAUGAUUGACUGGAGGUCUGCUGCAGCAGCGAGGAAAUUCGUGGCCCACGGGCCAAAUACAUGCCGCCUCAGGCCGGCUUCACUGAGCUCAGUUCAGCUGGUGGAUGAGUGCUAGAAGCGACGAGUCACUUUACUCAUCUGGAGGAACAGGAUGUGAUGUCAGCAGCAUCAGGACCAGCAGAGACCACCUAAUCAGAGCAGAGCUUUCACAGUGUGGGUAACACUGAUGUCCUGUCACCUUGCUCCAAACUUCUGUCAGAGCCUUAGAGGAGUUUCUUCAGAGCUCGAUCACCCGUCACUUUGUCCUGCAGCAACCAUGACUCACAUGCACCACAUGAACCACAUGAAGAACAGCACCAUGGCCCCGCCCACCAGCACAGAGCACGACCACGGCUCUGGAGGAGGAGGGGAAGGGAACCAUGGAGGUCACAUGAUGAUGAUGACAUUUUACUUCGGCUACAAUAACGUGGAGCUGCUGUUCACCGGUCUGCUCAUCAACUCACCUGGAGAGAUGGUGGCUGCAUGUAUUGGUGUCUUCCUAUUGGCUGCCCUGUACGAGGGGUUGAAGAUUGGCCGUGAGGUUCUUCUGCGUCGCAGUCAGGUCAACGUCCGUUACAACUCUAUGCCACUCCCCGGGGCUGAUGGGACAGUGCUGAUGGAGACGCACAAGACUGUCGGGCAGCGCAUGCUGAGCCCCGCCCACUUCCUACAGACCCUGCUGCACAUCAUCCAGGUGGUCGUCAGCUACUUCCUGAUGCUCGUCUUCAUGACCUACAACGGUUACCUCUGUAUUGCUGUGGCAGCUGGUGCUGGCAUGGGCUACUUCCUGUUUAGCUGGAGAAAGGCGGUGGUUGUUGACAUCACAGAACACUGCCAUUAGCAUUCAUGCUAUUUAGCACUAUGAAUGAAUGCUCGCUAACACUCAGUAUUAGCACGCUGGCCUCUGUGCUAAUAGAACUAAACACCAAGUUAGCUAAUUAGCACGACACACUAAAUUACAGCAUUACCUGGUAAAAAUGGUAACGUCACAUCAUACUGUAGCUGGCAACAAACGACAAGCUAGUUGUCUUCCGAUUGGCCAAUUCACCUUUUUUUUUUUUCACUUUUUGUUAGCUUAGCAUCGUUAGCAGCUCAUUAGCUGGGUCACCAAUCAGAAGGCAGGAUGUAAUCAGUUCUUUGAUUACUAGGAAUUGAUUGAUUAGGAGCUGUUUUGAUUGGUUGUCUGUACAGAGCAAAUCAAAAGCUUUUGUUUUUUGGUAAAAUUUUACUUUCUGUUUACGUUUUGAGAUAUUUAGAAAAUUAUUACUGUUAUUGUUGUUGUUAUUAUUAUUAUUAUUAUUAUUAUUAUUGUUGUUGUUAUCUGAAUCAGCCAAUCAGAGCCCGAUGUUUAUCUAAUGAAAUUUUAGCUUUUGUUUAUGUCAGAAGCCGUCACCUGACUGUUUUAAAUUGAAUCAUCAUGAUCUAUUUGGCCAGUUGAGCCACCGCCGGCCUUAACGCCGCUGCCACCUGCUGCCUUACUGCUGACCGAAGGUGGGGGCGGAGCCUCGGCUCGUUUCACUUCACUUGAAAUUGACAUCUUAGCACUUGCCACAUGUGCUGAUGAUGACAUAGGAACGUCUCUACUGUUGUGAUUACUUUAUUUUUGAUGGUUCACACUAAGGAGGGUGGAGUUUAUAUUCUGGACCAAUGAGAUCACAGGAACAGGUCAGUUGCUGGAUUUAAAGUCCAACUCCAGCAAAAAGUAUGUGGACAUAAUUUUGGUCACAGGCUUUUUAGUGUGUGCAAUUACUUCUGGUGCACUGCCUGAGGGUGUGUGGGACAGCUGGUGUGAUCUCGUCUUGUGUUUUAUGAUGUGAACCUUGUGAAGGAAACUGUUUUAUGUGGUCAUGUUUUAAAUGCUGGAAUCAGUAUACAACUGAAUAAAUUUUAAGUAGAAACUCGU